CUCCAGUGGCGGGAAGAAGUUGAUCUAGUUUUCUGCUGCUGUAAAUCAAUUUGUCGAUUUAGUGCCCGUUUUGGGGGCUAAAGGACUGUGAAUCUGAUACUGUAAGUGCAGAGAGACGUCUGGACAACUGGGAUAGUACCAGAAGGUGAUUAUCUGUGGAUUGCUGCCGGCACUAGUUCUAAGCUACCGGUAACAUUCACCAUGUUCUCCUGGACAUCCAAGACUGUAGUGCAGUGUCUGCAAAGACCUGCCAGGUGUGCAUUGAUACUUCCCGUUUGCAACAUCGUCGAAAAGUCAAGAAGCUCUGCCUUCCACACGCAGCAAUGUACGAACACUAAAACAGUCCCUGGUGAGCAGGAUGGGACAGUCUCGGACAUGCAGCGAGAAAAGAUUAUCCUGGACGCCGUGUUCGGACCAGUCGUGCCCAACAAAAGGAGGCAAAAGAAAACCCAGCAAACAAAACACAAUGGUGGUACAGAAGAAGGCAAAGACUCAGCCUCUGCUGUUGACGAUGACAUGACAGAAGUACCACCUGCUAACCUGGGCCUGCCUCCUGACUUACAGUAUUUGCUUGCUAUGAAGCAAAAGACCAACAGAUCACAAAGGGCACUGAGGAAGCAGAAAAAAGCUGCAGUAGUUGAUAAUGUGUUGAAAACUUCUUCAGAAGUUAACAGCAGUGAUGAACAGAAUGAUUAUAGCUCUCCAGAAUGUGCUGACUCAAGAAAGAUGCCUCCUAACCGCACCUUGUCUGUACGAAACACUGCAGCGGUAUCCUUUCCACAGUACCCCAUGACAAGUACUCUACCCCGCCCGGAGCCUCCUGUACAGGAGACUCCCAUGACAGUCAAGCCAGAGAGACGGACAGACGUGGAGACCGGAAACAGCGUCCCUGACCUGGGCAUGCCCAGUGUGGGGUCCAUACUGAGGAAGACAAUGCCUCCCGAGAGUGUGCUUGUUCUGGAGAGAUGGAAGGCACGAAUGAUCAGCGAGCUGGGGGAAGAAGGCUUCAAGAAGCUGCAGGAAGACACCUUUAGGGAGGGCCAGGCCAUCCACACAGCCAUCGAUGCCCUUCUGACUGGAACACCUGAGGGAGACUUAACCAUCCCUGAGGAGACCCGGGGCCACUGGGCCAGCAUCCAGCAUGUGCUAGCUGACAUCUCUGACGUCUGCGCUGUAGAGAGUGUUGUGAAACACCCGGAGCUUCAGUAUGGAGGCAUUCUGGACUGUGUUGCCAAGUACAGGGGCCAGUGGUGCCUAGUUGACUGGAAAACCUCCAAGCGACUGAAGCCGACCCUGAAGCAGUGCUAUGACAUUCCUCUACAGGCGACAGCCUACAUGGGUGCUCUCAACUAUGACGACAAUUACAGUUUUCAGGUGGAGAAGGCCCUGCUGGUGAUCGCCUACGGCAACGGGGACAAAGGUCACGCCCACCUGUUGCCCCCUGCUCUCACCGAGCACUACUGGAAACAGUGGCUUAAACGCCUGCACCAGUUCAACGCCAGAUUCAGGCACACAUAACUGUUUAGUAUGGAUGCCACAGUACAUACUGAAACCCUUGCACCAGUUCAAUAUGAGGUUUAGGCACACAUAACUGUUACAGACUGGACACAGUGGCUCAAACGCUUGCACCUGUUCAACAUGAGAU